AUGCCAACAGUCCACUCAUUGCCCAACACUUCGACUCACGGGACAGAUCAGAUCUACAGUCCCGCUGCUGCCCAAAGAUUACCAACCCACGCUUCAUCGCUACGGACCCCAACAUCGCCACGCGCGAGCUUUGUGACCGACUCCCGGGCAAAUAUCAACUACACCGUACAAUGCACCACGACCCACUCAUCGAGGGCGAGACAUUCACCGACGUCGACAUCGUGUCUCCCUCGUUCGGCAAAUCCGACAUCACCUCCCGCGCUUCCAACGGAUGCAGCGUACCAAUUCGAGUUCCUCCAAACCUCCACCUUGAACAUCGUUGCAAAGACUGGCAAAACAGCCAGAAUGACCGAAACGCGCGUCUUCCGACUUCAAAACGAAGAAUGGAGCAUCUGGAACGUCGACGGCGAUGGGGCCGUGAUGGGGGAACUGGCGGAGUUGGCGCUGGGGCACGUGAUUGAGCCGCCGAUAGAUUUCGGCCCGCACCAGUUCCAGGAGGCGCAGCUGAAAGCGGUGCAGCGGCGGUAG